AGAGUCAUUUUGCAAAAUUGUAGUCUCAUUUCCCUAAACAACUCCAGACUGAAUUGUACUUUAGUUCCUCAGUUCUAUAUUUUUGCAGAGGCAGAAACCCAAGCUCUUGAUUUUUUUUUUAAAGUGUUGCUGACGGGUUGAGAUAACUUUUUACUCCAUUAUGUAUAACCAUGGAAUAGCAUUAACAAGUGAAAGAUGUAAUAAAUUAGACAUCUCUACAUUUUAGACAGAGAAGAUGGAAACAUCAUUGUUUUUCUUUUCUCAAUUAAAUAUGUGUGAACCAAAAGAAAAAACUUUUUUCAAGUUAAUAUAUGGUUCAGGAAAAGAAGAAACAAGCAAAGAAGCCAAAAUCAGAGCUAAGGAAAAAAGAAAUAGGCUAAGUCUUCUUGUGCAGAAACCUGAGUUUCACGAAGAUACUCUUUCCAGCAGAUCUGGGCAACUGGCCAAAGAAACAAGAAUCUCUCCUGAAGAAGCAGUGAUAUGGGGUGAAUCAUUUGACAAACUGCUUUCCCAUAAAGAUGGACUGGAGACUUUUACCAGAUUUCUUAAAACUGAAUUCAGUGAGGAAAACAUUGAAUUUUGGAUAGCCUGUGAAGAUUUCAAGAAAAGCAAAGACCCUCAACAAAUAAUUCAUAAAGCAAAAGCAAUAUAUGAGAAAUUUAUACAGAAUGAUGCUCCACAAGAGGUUAACCUUGAUUUUCACACCAAAGAAAUCAUCACCAGGAGCAUCACCCAACCCACCCUCCACAGUUUUGAUGCUGCACAAAGCAGAGUGUAUCAGCUCAUGGAGCAAGACAGUUACACACGUUUUCUGAAAUCUGACAUCUAUUUAGACUUGAUAGAAGGAAGACCUCAGAGACCAACAAAUCUUAGAAGACGAUCACGUUCAUUUACCUACAAUGAAUUCCAGGAUGUAAAGUCAGAUGUUGCCAUUUGGUUAUAAAGAAAAUUAAUUUUGCUCAUUUUGCUGGCAAGCUUGUAUAUCUGCUUCUAAGAUAUAGCGUGUUUAUGUUAACAAAUUGGUUAAGUCUUUUAAAAUAAAGUGCAUCAUUCGAAAUGAUUUAAAAAAUGCAAACCAAAAUUUUUUUUCUGACAAUAUAUACUCUAUCUGCCAAGAUAUUCUGUAAAAGCUUCCAUCUGACUUCAUUUCAUUCAGUCAGAAAAACUUAUUGCUUAAUUAAAAGGCAGAAAAGAAGUAAUAAUUAUGUUGUAUAAGAUUGUAAAGGUUAAACUUUUGCAAAAUUUCAACAGUUUGGCCAAAUAUCUAGUUUGGACUUUUUUUUCUAGAUGUAAACUAUAUGAUGCUCAGAUAGCCAUGUAUUUGGACAACAUUUUCUAUAAUGAUGAAGCUUUUCUCUGGUUCAGUUAUAGAGAGUAUAGAACCCUGGCUCAAGAAUAGCAAUAUAUCACUUCUAGUUAUAAGCCAGCAACAGGAACUUUUGGGAGGACACAUUCAUCUCUACAGAACUUCCAGGUCAUACAGAACCUAGGUUGAUAACCAAGAAUGGGAUCUACAUUUGUGCUCAUUCCUAAGCGAGCAUGGACUUACUCAGUUAUACGGAACCACUUCUGCUGGUCAAAGAAACAUGACCAGAUGCUGCAAUAGCUCCAGGUUGGGACUGAGUGGAGCAUCUUCUCAUCUGUGAGAAAAACUUUCCGCUAAAAGAGUGGGCAGUGAGUCAUCUGAAUGAUGACCAGAGGAGGUUUAUCCCCAGAGUCAUGAACCUUUAUUUUUGGAAUGAGAGGAAAUAAAGUGGCAAGGAGUCCAAGGCCCUGGAAACUCAGGCACAUGCCACACUGGCUCAUAUUCAGAUAGUGCUCCUCCAUGGAUCAUGUUCUUAUUCCAAAUCUCACUGAAUCAUUUAAUACUAUAUUAUUCAAAGAUGAUGAUGCUAAUAAGUAUGUAUGUCUCUAACUAUCGGGAAAUAUUUACUUUUAGAUGUGUGUUGCAUUAUAUGUAAACGUCUGUAUUUAAAAUGUCAUACGUUUGGCUUUGGCAAAUGUUAUUUUAGUUGAACUGUAAAGUAUAAAACUGUAGAUCACCUAUAGUAAUAAAUAUUUUUAAUUUCUUCAUUCAUACAGUUAA